AUGACCGAGGAUUUGAUGAACAACCUGAAGUUUGUCUCGGAGGACGGAGAUACGGUUCUCCACCUUGCCCUGAUUCAUGAACAAUGGGACUUUGUGCAGAACCUGCUGGGGGUGAUAUCUCUGGACCAGACCCGGUUUCAGUACCUGGACAUCCAGAACCACCUGGGCCAGACGGCGCUCCACUUGGCAGUUAUCGUGGACCAUCCAGCAUCUGUGCAGAGUCUGCUGUGUGGGGGUGCGAGUCCAGGGCUGCAGGAGCGCAACGGGAACACACCAUUGCACCUGGCUGUGCGGGAGGGAAGGGUGAGGUGUGUGCAGGAGCUGACCUCACACCAGCACCACUCCGGGCACCUGCUCAUUGCCAACUACGCAGGACUGAGUGCACUUCACCUGGCAGUACAGAAAGGAAAUGACGUCAUUAUCAGGAUGCUGCUGGGUGGGGGUGCAGACGUUGAUCAGAGGGAUCUGGGUUCAGGCCGCACCCCGCUCCAUUGGGCUGUGGAGUCCCAGAGCCCAGAGGUGGUGCGACUUCUGCUUGACGAGGGUGCAGCUGUCAAUCAGCCCACCUAUGCUGGCUAUUCACCACUCUACUGCGCCCUCUGCCGGCCCAACAAGGACGUGCAGGGGCUUCUACAAGACCGAGGCGGUGUGGUGGAGCAGGAUGAGGAGCAGGAAGAGAUGGAGAGUGAAGAGGAGGAGUCGACGAUUUAA